AUGACGAGCUUCACUAUCUCUGAUGGCCAACUUGAUGGAUUGAAGGAUCAGGUAGCUGUCAUCACUGGAGCAUCAUCGGGCAUAGGACUUGCGACACUCCGAAGGAUCAUCAAGCAUGGCGGCAAGGUCUUUGCUAGCGACCUCACUCCCCUUCCUGAGCCCGAAGCAUCAUCUGUCCCCUUCUUGAAAGCCGACGUCACGUCCUGGAAAGAGCAACUCGACGUCUUCAAAGCAGCAGAACAGGAGUACGGGAAGAUCGACCAUGCCUUUGCAAACGCAGGAAUAGGAAAAUCAACAAGCUUCCUGGAAGAAGAGGUGGACGAGAAUGGCGACUUGUUACCGCCGAAGAUGAACACAAUCAACGUCAACUUAGUCGGUGUAAUGUACACCGUGAAGCUGGCCAUACACUACCUCAAGAAGAACCCCAACGGUGGCAGCAUCGUCAUGACAGCAUCGGGUUCAAGCUUCGCGCGGCUCCCGGCUGAAGACUACACCACAGCCAAACACGGCGUUCUCGGUCUUCUACGCGCUCUACAGCCCCAACUUCACCCCAGACUCCCCAUCCGCAUCAACGCCGUCGCCCCAUCCUGGACCGACACAGCGAUUGUGCCCCGUGCCAUGAUCGCUGCGCUAGGCGAUAGCAACGUGCAGUCGGCCGAUGUUGUUGCCCGUUCCGUGGGUGUGUUGAUGGCAGAUAAGGAACGUCAUGGAGAGCUAGUGUACAGCGCGCUGGGCAAAUUUGUGGAAAUGGAAUAUGGAGAAUCGGGGUUCCAUGCUCUUACGAAGCCCAUGAUGGAGCUUGCGGAGGGCGGGGAGAAGAAGGAGGUCCUGGCUGCUGAGAAGAGGGUUGAUGAGGUGCUUGAAGAGAUGGCGGUGGAGAACCAUGGUAUUUCGGUCGUCACUGAGUAG